AUGACUUCCGCAACAGAAGCGAAACAGGGCUACUCGGAAGACCACCUCCCACAAUUCACGCCCAUGCCAUGGUCCUUGAGCGAGAUUCGCGCAGCUAUUCCUGCACACCUCCACGUGCGAAAUACGCGGACGGGUUUGUUGUACUUGGGUCGCGACCUAGCUAUGGCAGCACUCGCAUGGAGAAUCGCCGUCUACAUCGAUCCCACCUUCCGCAGCACCUACAUAACACACCACCUUACUCAUCGCGGAGCUGAGACUAUGCGAUGGUGCGCGUGGCUUGCGUAUUGGUGGUUCCAGGGACUGAUCUUUACCGGGAUCUGGGUUAUCGGCCACGAAUGUGGUCAUGGCGCGUUCUCUGCCAACAAGCGCGUGUGCGACAUAGUCGGAUAUAUAACACACACGCUCCUCUGGACGCCAUACUUCAGCUGGCAGAUUUCGCACCACCGUCAUCACAGCAACCAUGCGUCCAUGGAACGUGACGAGGUGUACAUCCCCAAGACCCGCAGCGAUCUCGGCAUCCCGAAGGAGGGAGAAGUCGAGUUCGACUACGAAGACUAUUUCGGGGACACGCCUGUUUACACGCUAUUCAUGCUGAUUCGCCAGCAGCUUCUCGCGUUCCCCGCGUACCUGCUCUUCAACGUGUCUGGCCGAAAGGAUUACCCAAAAGGGACGAACCACUUUGAUCCAAAAUCCGUACUGUUUACUGAGAGGCAGCGCAAUGCCGUGAUACUUUCAAAUAUUGGUAUUGCAUCCAUGGCCUGGGUCCUCGCGGUGGUUAGCAGGAUCUGGGGUGCCUCGGAAGUCAUUAAGUACUACGGCAUUCCGUGGCUGUUGGUCACUCACUGGUUCAUAAUGAUCACCUACCUCCACCACACCGAUAUGGAGCUCCCACACUAUCGCAACGGUCAAUGGAACUUCCAGCGUGGGGCUGCAGCGACCGUUGACCGCAACUUCCUGGGCUGGCAAGGCCGGUUCUUCCUCCACGAUGUCGCCCACUUUCAUGUCAUUCACCAUUUCUUCCCGAUGAUACCCUUCUACAACGGCGCUGAGGCCACAGAUUAUCUGAAAGCGUUCAUAGGUGAUCAUUACCGGUACUCCGAUAAACCGGUCUUCCAGGCGCUUUGGGAGACCUACAACAAUUGUCAAUUCGUCGAGGACAAGGUCAGCGACAUUCUGUUCUAUCGGGACCGCACAGGGAAAGCGAGGGUCCGACCUGCUAGCCCUUUCCGGGCGGAGACUUCGGAUAGCGACCUUGCCCAACAGACUGGGAACUCCUUUUGA